AGGAGCGGGGUUGUCUCGGCCGGUCUGCUAGGAGCCGCCAGAGUCCCGACACAACAUCCCAGCGGCAUCAGUUAGUUACUCGCCAAGUGCUGUGCGCGUCGGACGCGGGGACUUCAACGCUCUCACAGAAAGCCAAGAUGCGAUUGUUAGCAGUUCUGUUGAUGAUGCAGGUGCGGUGGUCGGAGGAGGCAGACAUCCCUGGGCGCGUCGGCGGAAGCAGAGCUCUGCUGAUCCCGAACCCGGCGGGGAUGAUGCCGCAGCUGCAGGACCUCGACGUCAAGUGCUCCCGCUCCGGCAUGACCGUCCACCUGGAGUUCGACAGAGUGUUCCCCGGCGUGAUCUACUCCAAGGGACACUUCUACGACCCCGCCUGCAACUACGUUACGAUCGAGAACUCUGGCAGCAACAAAUUCUCAUUCAAUGUGCCAAUCGACGGCUGUGGCACUUCCGGGCAGCUUGACAUGGCAACGCCCGACAGAGACAUGUACUUCGAAAACACCAUCAUCAUCCAGAACGACGCUCUCAUCCAGGAGGAAUGGGACAUCGCUCGGAAUAUCCGAUGCACUUGGCAGCACACUAUACAAAAGAGCGUUGCCUUUUCCCCCUUUAAGGUUUACGAACCCCUUAAGGUACCAGUCCAGUUAGACUCCAGGUCUGUUAACACACUCAUGGAAAUCCAACGAGGGUCUGGACCCUUUGCCAGCCCAGCCACUGGUUACGUCUACAUGGGGGAUGAUACCUCAGUUGUCAUAUAUGUGCAAGAUCCCACUCGUGAGCUGGACGCUAAUGUCAUCUCCUGCAAUGCAAGUUCUGCCGGAGGGACGCAAGUGCAGCUGCUAGAUUCGAGAGGAUGUGUUGUAAGGCCGGAUCUCUUGACACAAUUUUCCAAGACCAGGGAAACCAAUGGUGUUCAGGCUGACCUCAUGCUUUACUCCUACCUUAAGGCAUUCCGCAUUGGGGAGAGUCCCGAGUUUGUCAUAUCCUGCCACCUCGAAGUGUGUGAGGGAGAGUGUUCAGCUCCUUGCAACGGAGGACCUAAGCCAUCCACCAUCAGGAGGAAACGUGAGGACUCUGCACAUACUUCACCUUCUGCAGUUGUGGAGCUUCAGCAAGGCGUUGUGGUUAUGACAAGAGAACAGUUGAGAGGUGCUGAAGAAUGCUGGGUAAACUCAAAGAUGCUGAUGGCAAUGGUUUUUGUGUCCUGUGUUGUCCUGGCACUUUCAACUCUCAUUUGCUUCCUUGUUUACAAAGUGAAGAUUUUACGUGACCAGUUGCAAGGAAAACCUCAGUUCUAACCCUGAUAUUCAAGUUCAACAGGCCAUUUUCAUUGUUUCCUGAUUAUUCUUUUCUCAUAUUCGGGCUGGUUCUGUGGUUUUUGCCUUUUCCGCGAGUCUUUGGGCUGGUUCCCUUUAGAUCUACUCACAUCUAGCUUUGAUACUUUUCAAAGGCUUCUCAUAAAUGAACAUCAUGAAUCUUUCAUGUGAUUUAGAAAUGUUUCAAAACUUCCAUGCAUUACUGUACUUUUGUUCCAUUUGCAUUCGUGAAGAGCCUAAGAACAAUUUGGUGCUAUGAGUUUCCUUAAGAGAUAUAUACCUUACUUCAAAGUAUAUUCAAAACUUGAGUUCU